UGUGACGUCGCCAUGUCCGAGCUGCACCAGGCGGCGGCAGCGGGGGACCUCAACGCUGCGGAGGAGAUUUUAAGACACAACAAAUGCGAUCCGAACCAGAGGGACAUUGACUGGAGCUACAAGACCCCGCUGCAUUGGGCCGCAGCCGGCGGCCACACAGAGUUGGUGCAGCUCCUGCUGGCUCACGGGGCUCGGGCCCCUCUUCAGACGGAGGUGGGUUGGACCGCGGCUCAUUUCGCUGCUGAGUCGGGUCGUUUGGGCGUCCUGCGUCUGCUUCACGUGCACCACGCUCCGAUGGACAAACCGGACCGCUGCGGAGACACGCCCGCGCGCGUCGCACAGAUCUACGGCCACAAGGAGUGCGCUCUGUUCCUCCAAAAGGCAGAGGUGGAGUGCCAGGCUCACCGUAAAAUGGCCGCUCAGAAAGGCCUCAGACUGGAUGAGGAGGAUGAGGAGUGGAGCCAGGACAGCAAAGAGAACACAGACAAUAUCAACACCACACAAUGAAUCCAUGAUGCAAGUAUUUCAAAAUAAUGUCAACAGCCCAUUUUAAAACCUCAUCUGCACUUUAUCCUAGGGCUGCAACAACUAAUCAACUGAUUGUAAGUGGUCGCCAAUAUAACGAAUAAGUGUAGUUGAAUCUGGACUAUACUAAAGCACAUACAAAAAGACCUUCUGGUAAUACUUUAUAAUAACUACACCUGGAUCAUUAUGUUAUAAUUUGGACAUUGAUAUUAAUGUAAAACAACUUUUACAUUAAAACUAGAAGAAACAAAUCCGCUGAC